UUGUGGGCAAAUAAUCUUUUAUGUGAUUUCUUUGUGCAGUACACCGGAACAGGAACAGCUCAUGGUGAUGUGGCUGAGCUGGAUGAUAAAGGAAGAAGCUUACUUUGAAAGCAUUUCUGGUGUGUCUGCUUCCUUUGGAGAGAUGCUUCUCUUGGUAGCCAUGUAUUUCCACAGCAAUCAGCUCAGUGCUAUCAUUGAUUUGGUCUGCUCCACACUGGGAAUGAAGAUUGUUAUAAAGCCCAGCUCUCUGAGCAGAAUGAAGACAAUCUUCACACAAGAGAUUUUCACCGAACAG